CUGCAACAAAACUUCUCCAUCUCCCCCAAGACCAUUCCUUUCCAAGCGGUCCUCCAACACCUCAUCUCCCUGACGAAAACCAACACCUCGGACAUCGGGACCCACCUCCUCGAGCUCUUCCAUUCUGACGCGAGCAUCGGACAUCAACCCUACCACCACGACGGUGAAGGUAGUAGGAAAGCUUAUGGGGCAUUCAACAAUGCAGGUGAGAAGGUGUUGAAGGAGAAUCCAGGUGCGUUGAGCAACAAGCAAAUUGUGGGGAUGGCUAGGGAGGUGUUGAACAGGCAAGAGUUUGAGAAUCAGCAUCCUUGCUCGUAUUGCAGUGACAAGAAUGCUGAUGCCGCUUUCCUAUGCCAAUGA